UCACUUAUCACAUCCCUAACUUCAUGAUUGUUGUGUGCGGCAUUUGUUUGCGCUGAAGUUCGUCUCUAAUGAGUUUUGUUAUCGCUGUUAUUAUAAGAAAGAGAUGCUGUUUAUUUUUAUGUAAUAUAAUUGAGCAUAACUAAGUAGAUAUUUUAUGGAAAAUCAAGUCUCCAGGAGAAACAAUAUGAUACUGUUGUGUAUCUGGACACAUUUAAACAAUUUUACUGAUUUUUGUGAUUCAUCGUCAGGUUAGGUUCUUAAUAGGCGGCCGGCUUUGUUUUUAAAUUAAAGUUAGGGUAGGUGAACGUAAAAAAUUCAGUUAAGUUGAUAAAAAGGGUGGAGGGUCAGGUUAAGGUCAACAGAGAUCCUCUACGAGGUCAACACCAAAACGAAAGAAAUAAUGGGCUCGUUGAAUCUCGUUUGCCCAAUGUGUUGUGGUGAAACGUUUAACAAUCCACAAUCAUUAAAGUAUCAUUUAUUAAGCAUGACGGACAAUCUAUACUGUCCUGGUUGUUCACAGCGAUCUGACUCAGUGAUGGCACUCAUUCAACACUUAGAUCGAUGUGGUCAGAGUAUUGAAUCAGAUACACCUUGUGAGUUAAAGCAUGUGCCUAAACAGGAGACUCCGGAGGAAUCUCAGCCAGAUACAGAGGUGCUAAUGGAUACAAAUGUUGAAGGGAUAGAUCAAAGUUUUCUAGCAACUGUAAAUGACAGUGGAAUUAUGAUAGUGGAUGGGCCUCAAACUAUACAAGUUGAUGAAAAUGGAGACAUUAAAGUCGUAGAGAAGUUGGAAACUGAAGAGACACAAAUGGAGCAAAAUUCUUUGGAAUUUAAGAUGACAGAAAAAGUUCCUAAUAUUGUUAAUAAAGCAGAAGAGAAACCUUUAUCUCAGGAUCAACUAGUAACAAUUUCAACUACUUCAGAGGCAGAUAAUAAAAAUAGAAAUAAAAAUGUAAUUACAAUUUUACCCGAUGGCUCAGAGUUACUUGAUGGAGGUACUGAUGCUCUGAUAAACAUGGAACAUAUAAAUGAUGUUGGUGAAUUAGAUGAAGAUGGACUUUUACAUGUUAAACAAGAACUCUGUGAGAUUGAACCAGAAGCAGUUUAUAGUUGUACUAGUUGUGACAUGAGCUUUAAUUCUGUCGUGGAACAUAUAAAACAGUUUCAUGAUGGACAAGAAGUUUUACUUGAAAUAGCUGAUCAAUUAGAUGAUAUACCUACUGUACCUGCAACUAACACCCUGCCUUCAGAAUCAGGAAAUGUAGUCAAUACUAGGCAAAGACAAAGUAUGAAUACCCUUCGCACAGAAGAAUGUGUAGAUAGUGAGGGAAGGUUAUAUACAAGAAAAGUAGUACAAAUAGAAAGAUUCUGGGAUAGAACACCAGCACAAUCGUCACUCCAAUCUACUAAAGCACCAAUGAUUGAAAAGUUUUUUUCCAAUGUAGAAGGAGUAAAAGUACGAGAAAAAAGAUUAGCUGCAACACCAAUGAGAAUGUACAGAUGUAAUCAGUGCCUUCAGCAAUUUUCCAAAUUAGGAAACUUCCGAGUGCAUGCAUGUCUUCAUGGUAAUAAUCGUUGUGAUAGUUGUGAUCAAACUUUCGCAACACCUAAAGCGUUACAAUUACACGCAAAAGUGCAUGAAGGUGAACCCGAUCCAAAUCAAAAAACAUUCAUAUGUGAAACUUGUGGUACAGAAUUUUGUUCGCAUAAAAGUUUGCGUUUGCAUUCACGAAUGCACGCACCAAUCAGAGCAAGGCACGUUGAUGCACCUGAGGGAACACCUAGUGCAACAUUUACAUGUCCUGAAUGUGGUAAGACAUUAGCAGAAUCAUACAAAGAAGCACACAUGGCCUUACAUUCUGGUGACUCUGUAACUUGUACAGUCUGUAAUAGGAAAUUCGAUUCUGCUGAUAGUUUAGCAAUGCAUGCUGCAGUACAUACAGAACUAAGUCAACCACAUUCACCUACACUACCUUCUACUGAGACAGCUACAACUGCUGAACUUGCAGAAAAUCAAAAGCCUUAUCAGUGUCAACAUUGUGGCCGAAGAUUUACAAGACCACACGAGAAAGUAAAACACGAACGUAUUCACACCGGAGAAAAGCCACAUGCAUGUGAAGUUUGCGGUAAAACGUUUCGUGUAUCUUAUUGUUUGACUUUGCACAUGAGGACUCAUACUGGUGUUAGACCAUACGGAUGCCAACAUUGUGGUAAAAGAUUCAAGGCGUCAUCUGUAUACAAUCAUCAUUUACUUACACAUGGAGAAGAACGUGCUUACACGUGUCCUUAUUGUCCAAAAACUUUUAAAACACGUGUCCAAUUAGCGGGACACAAAAACAGUCACACUAAACCAUUUCGGUGCACUGAGUGUUCUCGUCCCUUCGCUUCCUUGUAUGCCGCGCGUGCUCACAUACAAACUCAUAAAAAAGACAAUAAUUUAAAAUUCAGUUGUUAUAUUUGUGGUGCAUCUUAUGGAAGAGCAUUUGCACUGAAAGAUCAUUUGAAACAACAUGGUCAAGAUGUACUGGCUCCUCCAGAACCAGCUAGAGAAGAAGAAAUUCACGAAGGAGAAGAUUUUUUGCUUGCUGAAGAAGAGGUUGAAGAUGAUGAACUAGUUAUUCCAUCACCGUUACCCAUCACACAGUCAUCAGAAGCUGAUGACACAGAAUGAAACUAUAAAAACUAGUCAGAUGUUUGUUAUAAAUUGUAGUUUAAUAAUGUUCAAUAUAACAGAAAAAGAUGACAGAUGAAUCCCUAUUUUACGUAAUAUUUAAGGACU